GUCAGCGGAUACAUACACCCUGAUAGCUAUUCGAUUUCGAGUCGGUGCCACUCACUUCGUGCAACUUUGUAUUCUGCUCGUAAGAAAAAGUUCUUCGAGUCACUGAGAAGCAGAAAAAUGUCUUGUACAGUCGUACGGUCGCCUUUGCUACGUGGUUCUACGAUUAGGCAUUACGCGGCUGCAGCGACUGCGCCGUCUUCUGCUUCUACUGCUCUUGAAAGUCAAGUUUUGGGCAACAAAGUCACUGUUGCUGCUCUUGACAAUAACUCACCAAUUGCCCAAGUAUCCAUCGUCUUCAGAGCUGGGUCACGAAAUGAAACAUACGAUACACGAGGUGUGGCACAUCAUUUGAGGAUAGCAGCAGGAUUAGGUACAUCCGAAGCUAGUGCUUUUGCCAUAACAAGGAACAUUCAACAGCUUGGUGGAAAUUUAAUGGCAACUGUAGACCGUGAAAGUACUGCAUACACACUACAGAUUACUAGAAACAAUUUAUCAGAUGCUCUACAAUUUUUGGAGUGUGUUGCUACAAAGCAAGUAUUUAAACCAUGGGAGGUAUCAGAUGAGCAGCCCAGAUUAGAAUACGAAUUGCUCUCCUUGUCAGAUGAGACUAAAGUUAUUGAAUUAUUACAUAAAGCAGCAUAUCGUACCGGCCUUGGAUACUCCUUGUAUACUCCAAAGCGUCAACUAGGUAAAAUUGGCACAGAAACUUUACAGCACUUUGUCAAUACAUGGUGCACUGCACCUAGAUGUGCAGUUGUAGGAACUGGGGUUUCGUUGUCAGAACUUUCCGCAUUCGCGGCAAAUUUGGAACUUGGAUCAGGAGAUCCUACGAAUGAGGCGUCACGAUAUUAUGGAGGAGAGAUUCGUGAAGAAACAAGCUCCGAUCUAACUAAUGUAGCGGUUGCCGUCGAAGGUGUAGCCGCGAAAAAUGAACAGGACGCUCUAGCAUGUGCAGUACUGCAAAGAGCAACUGGUGCCGAACCACGUGUUAAAUGGGGUGGCAGUGCGGGUCCAUUACAAAAGCAACUUUCGAGCGCUGCAGGCACGGAGCCGUUUGCUGUGUCAACGUUUAACGCUAGUUAUUCCGAUUCAGGACUUUUCGGUGUUGUUUUAUGUUCGACACCCAACGCAGCGGGAUCUUUAACACAAGCAGCUUUCAAAUGGUUGAAAUCUAUGAAAUUAUCCGAUGCUGAUGUUGCUCGCGGUAAAGCUAUAUUGAAGGCUGAAGUUUUAAACGCAGCGGACAAUGUAAAUGCUUCGUUAGAGAAUUUACAGUAUGAAGCCUUGACAAAGGGUAAAGCCUCUACACCCGAGUCGUUGGUUGCGGCUGUUGACAAUGUUUCUGCAUCUAGCGUAAAAUCUAUUGCCGAUAAACUUGCUGGUGGAAGGUUAACCAUGGCUUCCAUUGGCGACUUGAAAACUGUACCGUAUUUUGAUCAAUUGAAAUAGAUGUAAAACGUAUUCCGUUAAAGCGGCGAGUAGCACGAAGUCGAUAUACGGUCUCUUUUGCAUCGUUGAGAAGAUCGAAGCCGCAGUUCGUGCAAGUUACCCAUACAAAUUCCUGCAACACGUUUCGAUAACGCGUGCGCUUCAUCGCAGUGAACGUAACAUUCUGUAGAUACGAAUAGAAAUAAAAACAGCCUUUAUUCCCAA